AUGGAAGAUAAUUUGAUCAAUGCUAUAGUAAUGGAUCUUGAUUUGAACCACGAACCUAUGGAGUCGUCAGCUUUAGGAUUAGGGUCUUUGUCCAAUACUAGGAUAGAACAAAGAAUUCUUCACCUUGAGGCUGUUGCAGCUAGGUGGCGUCAGGUUCAUAAUUCUGCUCCUGAUACGGCUCAUAAUUCUGCUAAUGAGCCUCCUAAUUCUGCUGCUAAUGAGGCUCCUAAUUCUGCAGCUGAUACGGGUCAUAAUUCUGUUCAACAUCACAAUUGUCUAGGCAAGGGAAAAGGAUGCAAAAGAGAUAGAUCCCAUUUAGUAGCAAAGGCAUUGGAGAUGGAUGUAGUGGUUAAGAAAGUUGAUAAGAAUGGUCCAAGUUUCUUUGACUGUAAUAUAUGUUUUGAUAUUGCAAAAGAACCUAUUUUGACUUGUUGUGGCCAUUUAUAUUGCUGGUCAUGCUUUUAUAACUUACCUUAUGUUGAUUCAACUACAAAAGAGUGUCCUGAGUGCAAGGGAGAGGUCACAGAUGCAAAUAUUACUCCAAUUUAUGGCAAUGCCCACAGUUACUGCUCCAAACAAGUCCACUCUGCUUUCGAAUUACCACCAAGGCCAAAAGCAAAUAGAGUCGAGAGUGUUAGACAGCAGCGUGUCACUCGGGGAUUGUCUCAUAUCCCAGUUGCAGAAGCACUUAGGCGAAUUAGGAAUAGUAUUGGAUUGGGCGAUCACCCACAGCAACUGGACACUGGUGGCGUUAGUUCAACUUCUCUGAACGGCUCUCAGGAGUUGCAAAAUACUGAGGCCACUGGCAGCCAGCGACCACGCUCCCGAGUGUUUUCGAGGGUAUUAUCAGAGGGUGCGGCUUCUCUUUCAUCGGAAUUAGAAAAUGUACAGAGGCUGUUUGAGGACAUUACAGCGUCAAUUACAGAUCGCAUUCAUGAAAGAAGCAAUUUGCAAGUUUCACCAAUUGGUCAUGUUGUAGCUGAUGAAGGUAAUUCUCUCAGAAGAGACGCUGCUAUCAUACAAUCAGAGCAUCAGACUCUGGAUUCAAUUGCAGAUGCAAUCUCUGUUGUAUCUCUUCCUUCCUCUUCUCAAUCAAAUGAAGUUUCUGAUGCGGCGCUUCAGUUGGAAAAUCUGACAACUGAUACUGCAAACCUGCCUGUCAUUCUAUCUCCAUAUUCCAGGAGGAGAAGUGGUUUCUCAAGGCUUUCAGAUUUAGAUAGCGAAAUUCUUCCUGAAACAAGAAGAAGAUUUAGCUGAUGCAUGUGAAUGAUCAAGGUAGACACUAUUCUCGAAUGUGGUCAAGCAAGUGGUGUUGCCCUUGUUGGAAGUGAUAAUCUAGCUCUUGAGAUUUACCGUGGUGGAGGAAAUUUUUGAUGAUAAGCUUUUUGAAAAAGAUGUAGCUUCUGAGAUUGUGGCAUCUUGGCUGUACAGUAGAUAGUAGGUACUUUUCUUAGGAAGCAAUGUUAUCCCCAUUGCUUUUUUAUACAUUUCGUGGCAGGUCCUGGUGGUUUAAUGACAGUUUUCGAUUACGUAAAUGGUAUCCCAGGUUUACUUAGAGUAAAAUCGAUCUCUUGUAUCAAACAUUUCUUUCCAGUUUCAUGAAAUCUAAACUAGUACUUCAGCUCUUUCUUA